AUGUCUGAAGUAGAUGAUCUUUUGAAAGAACUCAAUUACGAGUUUAAUAAGCGAGAAUUUACCAUCAAAUGCUACAUCAACAAUUUAACGUCUCCUGUAGACAGAUCGCUGGCGUCUGCAUGGCUAAAGAAACUGGCCAAGAGCAAUUCAUCUCUUAAAGAAAUGAGCCUGCGAAAUGAUUUAGCCCGUCAGCUUGCAAAAAUUGUGCAAGUUGAGAAACGCCUUAUGCCACCUUUCACGAUGUUUCCUCCAGUGGGACCACUACAGCCAUGUUUAUGUCCAUCAACUACUCCAGUAGCAUGCCCUGCUGCGACACCUGCACAGAAAAGGUCGAAACCUUUGCUACAUAAAAUUUCCAGAGAUGGUGGCGCAUUUCUGUGUGGCCAGCCAAUCCCACCCUGUGGAGUCUUUUGCUACGUCGCUGUUGUUGGUGAUGAGGAUAAUGCGGACACAGAUUAA